UGCAUUAUAAUUUAAACGUUAGGAUUCAGUAUAGCUGGUGAUUUACAAGCUAUACAUCGUUUCGUUAAUUUUUUUAAUGGGCCAUAUAUGGAUAAUUAAAUAAGAUGAAUUUAUAUACGAGUGUUUUUAUAUUAUUGUUUGAGAUAUAUAUUUGUGAAGCUGGUUAUGGCGCAAUACCUGCCGAACAAUAUGGACAAUCCGACGUCCAGGCGCCGGAGUAUGUACCGGCGUAUUUGAAAAACCAAAAAUUCACGAAAACGAACUAUCCUAGAAAAUCCUAUUCGGGCAGGAAAACUAUGUACACCGGUACGAAAACUGGCUAUGGAGGUACAAAAACUGGUUAUGGAGGUACAAAAACUGGCUUUGCUGAAAAGAGGACGUGGCAUUCUUCAGGCGCAGGACCGACCUACAAAGACUUUUCCAACACCGCUAAUCAAGGAUACACAGGUCUUUGUGAGAUCGAGUGUAAGAAUAAUGGCAUCUGCGUUGAUAGAAACGUGUGUGUGUGUCCACCAAACUUCCACGGAAAGUACUGCGAGUUCGAGAAGAAAGCCUGCCUCGUAUAUCCGCCUUUGCCAAUGAACUCGGAAAGAAAAUGCUCAUCUGAACACUGCACAAUAACGUGUAAUGAAGGACACAAAUUUAUCGACGGUUCGACGAUAGCAAACAUGCGCUGCGUUGAAGGCCAAUGGAGACCAACACGAGCUGAUCUUACGUCGAUUCCAGAUUGCCAGCCCGAGUGCAAUCCUCCAUGUUUGAAUGGCGGAGUUUGCUUGUCGGUGAAUACGUGCCAGUGUCCCGCAGAUUAUAGAGGACCACAGUGCCAGUAUUCCGCCAGUGUUUGCGACGUCCGCAAGUUGGCGUUUAACGGCGGCUACAACUGCUUCGGAGACAGCGAAAAGUUUUCGUGCAAGUUGAAUUGUCCAAGCGGAGCCUCGUUCAGCACACCGGCUGUGGAACUGUACACAUGUCUCUACUCAACUGGAGUCUUCGAGCCACAGCCCAUACCGCACUGCGCGUUUAAUGAAGUUAUCGUGAUCACGCCUUCGAAUCAUCGAGUGAUUUCGCCUCUAUCUCAAGUACAUUCACCGAAUUCUACCGAUACUACGCCUUAUGAGAUAACGACUCAACGUGCAGGAAAAUACGGUGGUUACAACAACCCUGUUACUAUCGUAGUACAAGACUUUACUCCUAAAGGUGGUAGUUGCUUGACUUGGGCUGGCGUCCACUAUAAGACAUUCGAUGGGAAAAUAUACAGUUUCCAAUCGCCGUGCAAGCACAUUCUUGUCCGAGAUAGCACAGAACAUAAAUACACAAUAGCCAUCAGACACCCCCAGUGUGAGAGACAAGGAUACUGUCCAUCAGAGAUCAUCAUCUACUUGGAGGAGAAGAUGUAUUCCCUAAGUAUUGCAGAAGAUGGAUCAGUGGUAUUCCGGAACAGCAAGCGCAUGAUUCCGAUGCCUGCCUUCCUGCCCGGUAUCAGGGUGUCGAUGCCCAGUGACCAAGUCUUCGUUAACCUGGAUGUUGGCGUUACAGUCAAAUGGGAUACUAAUGAUCUAGUGAUAAUUGAAGGAUCAGUUCUGUUGUGGAACAAAACGGAAGGUCUUUGCGGCACUCUCGACGGCAAUCCAGAAAACGACAUGACAACAAAGGAAGGAAAUGUUGCACAGACUAAGUCUGUUAUGAUUGCGUCAUGGGAACUAAACAAAAUUGGUGACAUAUGCGACAGCAGUCCGACCGAUGUGAGCGCCUGCAACUCCAAGUCGAACGCGGAUAUGAAGAAUGCUCUCAGAUUCUGCAGCAAUGUCUUCAGCAAGGAUAAGUUCAGGAAGUGUUCGAAGGUUAUGGACGUAUCGCAACUGCUGGAGGUCUGUCAAUGGGACUACUGCGCUUGUACAACGAGCUUAAAUCCCGAGGAGUGCGCUUGCAGGACCGUGUCAGUGUACGCUAAGGAGUGCUUGAGACAUGGUGUCGAGGAAAUGAGAGCUUGGCGGGACUCUGAUACUUGCCCGAUGAAAUGUCCGGAGGGUAAGAUUUACAAGUCGUGUGGACCAGACACGCAGCCCAGCUGCUCCUUGCCCGAAGUUACACCCAAGGAUAACGCGUCCUGUGUGGAAGGAUGCUUCUGUCCUGAAGGUCUUCUUCUGGAGAGUGGUCGCUGUGUACCGAAGAGCGAGUGUCCGUGCCGAGUGAGGAACCAAGGCUUCCCGCCUGGUACCGUCAUACCCAAAGGCUGUAACACCUGUAAAUGCGAAUCUGGUGAAUGGACUUGCACCCAAGUACCUUGCGGUGCCCGCUGCGGUGCAGUAGGAGAUCCUCAUUACACCACGUUCGAUGGACUACGAUACAACUUCAUGGGACAUUGCACUUACACGCUGAUGAAAUCUCAAAACAUAACAAUCGACGUGGAGAACGUCGCUUGUUCUGGAGCCAUCACCGAGGCAAUGAACUUAGCUCCUUAUAAAGGCGAGGGUAAACCUUCUUGCACAAAAGCUGUGAACCUCGAGUACAACGGAGCCAACAUCCAUCUGAAGCAAGGAGGGUUCAUACUUGUGAACGGAAAGGAAAUCAACUCACUGCCCGUUAAUGUUGGAGACAUCAGGAUUCGCGCUGCGUCCUCUCUUUUCAUUAUAAUUCAACUGCCAAUCAAGGUUGAUCUUUGGUGGGAUGGAAACACAAGGGUAUUUGUGGAUGUACCACCUUCGUUCCACGAACAAACGAAGGGUCUUUGCGGAACUUUCAAUUUGAACCAAAAAGACGACUUCUUGACCCCCGAAGGUGAUGUGGAGCAAUCAGCUCUGGCAUUCGCCAAUAAGUGGAAAACCAGGGAGUUCUGUGACGAUGUUAUCACCAAAGAACCAGAGCACCCGUGUAAGGCUAAUAUCGAAAACAAGGAAUCUGCUGAGAAGUAUUGCAGCAAGUUGAAGAGCAAGUUGUUCGAAUCGUGCCACUGGUUCGUGGACGUGCAGCCGUACUACGAGGACUGCCUGUACGACAUGUGCGCGUGCGCGGGCGACGUGUCGCGCUGCCUGUGCCCCAUCCUGGGGGACUACGCCUCCGCCUGCGCGCGCAGCGGCGCCAUCGUGCACUGGCGGUACAGCGUCGCCGAGUGCGAGUUGCAAUGCAGCGGUGGUCAGGAGUACACGGUGUGCGCGGACAGCUGCCUGCGCACGUGCGCGGACGUGGCGCUGUCGGCCAGCGGGACGUGCAAGCCCUCGUGCGUGGAGGGCUGCGCGUGCCCCGUGGGACAGGUAUUAGACAACAACAACGUGUGCGUGCCCGUGGCUCUCUGUCCGUGUUUCCACAAGGGAAUGGAAUUCAAACCCGGUUAUAAAGAAGUGCGUGCUGGCAAACGGGAACGUGAUUUAUGUACUUGCGUGGGCGCCCGCUGGGACUGCGCGCCGGCCAGCGAGGACCAGAUACAGAACUACCCGCCGGCCGAGGACCUGCGCAGCGCCUGCAGCGCUGCCAACCACAUGGAGUUUACCACCUGCGAGACCAAGGAGCCGCUCACCUGCAAGAAUAUGCACCUACCACAAACUGUAACGUCGCAAGAGUGCCGUCCAGGCUGUCAGUGCAAGAAGGGCUAUGUACUGGAAGCAUCGACCAAAAAAUGCGUGGUACCAUCUGACUGUCCCUGCCACCAUGGUGGUCAGAGUUACCCAGAUGGUCACACGAUGCAAGAAGAAUGCAAUACAUGUGAAUGUAAGAGCGGAAAAUGGUCGUGCACUGAACGUAAGUGCGCGGGAGUUUGCGGCGCGUGGGGUGACUCACACGUGACAACAUUCGAUGGACAGAAUUACGACUUCGAAGGCGUCUGCACUUAUCUCCUCGCUAAAGGCACUGCGGAUGGGAAAGAUGGCUUCAGUGUUGAAAUACAAAAUGAGCCAUGCGGUACCACCGGCGCGACUUGCUCCAAGUCUGUGACGCUUCGUGUUGGUCGUGGAGGUGCUGAUGAGGAAAUCGUCUCCCUGACCAAGAGCGCUCCUCUUCCUGACACAACUCACUUGAAACGGAUAAAGCUCCGUUUGGCGGGCACGUACGUAUUCCUGGACGUGCAGUCGUUGGCCAUCAGUUUGCAAUGGGACCGUGGGCUACGGGUGUAUGUCAAAGUUGACUCCAUGUGGCAGAACCGGAUUAAAGGACUUUGUGGCAAUUACAACUCAGAUAUGCGAGAUGACUUCCAAACCCCUUCAGGCGGUGGCUUUGCCGAAACUUCACCACUAAUUUUCGCUGACUCCUGGAAACUGAAAUCUACAUGUCCUAAGCCAUUGGAAGUCACGGACCACUGCAAGGAGCGUCCGCACCGCAAGGAGUGGGCGUCCACCGUGUGCGGAGCGAUGAAGCGCUACCCAUUCUCGCUGUGCCACGCGGAGGUGGCGGCGGACGGGUUCGUGUCGCGCUGCGAGGCGGACGCGUGCGCGUGCGACGCGGGCGACGACUGCGCGUGCGCCUGCGCCGCGCUCGCCGCCUACGCGCACGCGUGCUCCGCGCGCGGGGUCGCCUUCAAGUGGCGGACGCAGGACCUCUGCCCAAUGCAGUGUGACGGCGAGUGUUCCAACUACAAUGAGUGCGUGUCGCCGUGUCCGCCAGAAACGUGCGAUAACACACUCGACUACGCACAAAUUAAAACUGUUUGCGAAAAGGACUCUUGCGUUGAAGGCUGCAAACCCAACAAAACUUGUGCAGAGGGUACGAUCUACUCUAACUCCUCACUACAGGAAUGCAUACCAAGAGCCAAGUGUAAGCCAGUAUGCAUAACGCUGGACGACGGUCGCGAAGUGUUGGAGGGUGAGAUACUGGAGCAGGAUGCUUGUCACACCUGCCGCUGCUCCAGAAAGGAGAGGAUUUGUACUGGACAACCCUGUGCUACUGAUGCGGUAAUGGAGGGAUCAACUGGACCACCAGAGACGACUCCACACGACCAACCCCUACAAUGUAAAACCGGAUGGACGGACUGGAUUAACCGCGGCCCACCUGAACUCAGCUCCGGCGGAGAAUCCGUCGAUAACGAACCUUUGCCGAAAAGCAACGAGCUUACAAUUGGAUCUCCGAUGUGCAAACCCGAAAUGAUGACUGAGAUUGAAUGCCGUACGGUCGGUGACCACAAGACGCCCAAGGAGACGGGACUCAACGUUGAAUGCAGUUUGGAGAAGGGUCUCAUUUGCUUAGAAGCUGAGAAAACUUGUCCUGACUUCGAGAUCAGAGUCCAUUGCAAGUGUGAAGAAGAACCGUUCCAAUGCCUGAACGCGAGUCACCCCAAUUACCCACACCCCACCGACUGUAGCAAGUUCUACGAGUGCACCCCCGACAUGACCAACCCAAGCAAACAGCAUAGUGUGCUCAAGAGCUGUGGAGAGGGACUCUUAUACAACCCUGUAGUGAUGGUGUGUGACUGGCCAGCCUCCGUGAUAGCUGUUAGGCCUGAGUGUGGGGACCUGACCACCACUACGACUACCAUUGGCGUCAGUGAGACGGAAGGAACUUCUCCGCCGACUACUUCUAGUUCAACAACUACAGAAUCGACGACUCGUCCGUGCCCGCCCGGGCAAGUGUUCAAAGACUGUGCGUUCCCUUGCGACAAACUGUGUGACCAUUUCAAGAAUGACUUGAUGAGUCAGGAUAAGUGCUUAAUUGGAGAAAAAUGCGUGUCUAGUUGCGUGGACGAAGCGGUCGCGAACAUCAAAUGCGACUUUGGGUCCAUGUGGCGUGACCGGAAGACUUGCGUGCCUCUGAAAGACUGCACGUGUGAUGACAGCGGACAGAUCAUUAAGCCCGGCGGUGUGGUCAACGAAGGUUGUCAAAAAUGCCAGUGCUUAGACAACGUAAUGCACUGCGACACAACAGAAUGCGUCUCUAUAGAAACCCCCAUUAAGGGCUCCACACACUCUCCAAUUAUGUUACCAGAGCCGCUUCGCACCCCUCGCCCUACCACGAGUACCACCACAACAACAUCCACAACCACCACAUCUACAACCACCACCACCACCACGACUCCCAUCCCUACUACAAUUACAACCAUCCGUACCACAAAUGCAACAACAUUCAUUCCAACAACAGUACCUAUUAUUGAAACUACCAUUCUAGUGAAGAAUACAGAAACGCCCCCACCAGAAUGCAACCCUGAUAACUACAAGAACUUACUAUGGGAAGGUGAUCGGUUGCCGACGAUCGCCUUCACGUCCAGCUCUGACGCCAGCCCGAUGUUUAAGCCAGAGUACGCAGUAUUUGAUGGACACCCUACUAGUUCCUCUGCUGGUAGCUGGAACCCAGACCUGUCAGACUCAAACCCCUACAUUCAAGUGGAACUGCCUCAGAAAGAGCCAAUUUAUGGCGUGAUGAUGCAGGGCAGUCCACUGUUUAACCAAUACGUCACCAGCUAUGAUAUUAUGUAUGGGGAUGAUGGUUCCGUCUUCUCCACUGUCGAUGGUCCCGAUAGAAAACCUAAGAUAUUCCGUGGACCGAUAGACAAUAAAACGCCAAUGAAACAAAUGAUCGAGCCGCCUAUCGAAGCUAAGUUUGUACGGAUCCGACCCAUCACAUGGCAUGAAGAGGUCGCAGUGCGCUUGGAGCUGAUUGGUUGUCAAGAGUUCACAACGACGCCAGAAGAGGCUACAAGCCCUGAAAUAACUGACACUCCUUCCACGUCUACUACGACUCCUGUCCCUACAACUGUUACUGCGCCUACUACCCCGGCUUCAACGCCAGGCACUAUACCAACUACUGUUACAACUCCUACUACAUCUACUACCCUUGCGUCAACAACAGGCCUCACUAUACCUACAACUGCGGAACCAUUUUUAAACUGCACGGAGCCUCUGGGCUUCGGAGCUGAACUCCCAAUAAACAUGGUGGAAGUGAGCUCAAACUUCGACGCUAUACCAAAACUGAAGCUGGACUCGGAGCGCGGCUGGAAACCUCUUUACAGCUCCCCCGGGGAAUGGAUAAUGUUCAACUUUACAUCACCUCGGAACUUAACCGGUAUCAAGACAAAGGGAGGUCCCUCCGGUUGGGUCACCGCCUACAACGUCAUGUACACCUCCAACCUGUCAACGUUCAACCCGCUACUGAACGAGAAGGGCGAGAACAAGCUGGUGAUCGCCAACUUCGACUCGGACAGCGUCGUGUUGAACGAGUUCCGGCCGCCGAUUCGCGCGCAGUACCUUAAGGUGUUGCCCGUGAAAUGGCAAAAUAAUAUAGAGAUCAAAGUGGAACCGAUCGGCUGCUUUGAACCAUAUCCGCCGGCGGAGGAGGCGCACGAGGAGCGCGUGCCGACGGCGUGCGCGCUGUGCGCGGGCGUGCCGGCCGCCGCGUGCGCGUGCGCCGCGCCGCUGCACUACGACGGCGAGAACUGCGUGCCGCGCGACCAGUGCCCGUGCCUCGUCGGGUUCAUCACAUACCCAGUGGGCUCCACGUACCGCGGCGACGAUUGUGACGAGUGUGUUUGUAAGCUGGGUGGAAUAGCUGACUGUAAGCCCGCCAAGCAGUGUAUUUGUGAACCGGACCUUGUACCGACACUGACAUCAAGUUGCGAAUGCCUCUGUGAGCCAUGUACCAACGGUACCAAGAUCUGCCCUACCAGCAAGCUUUGCUUGCCCCUGGAUAAAUGGUGUGACGGCCUCCAAGAUUGUCCGGAUGACGAGCUGGCCUGCACCACCUUAGCACCCGUCACUGAAACCGUGAUAACUACCGUCGUGCCCACAGUGGCUGCUACUAUUCCUGUUACUACCACCUUUGCGCCAACCACUACCACUGAAAAACCGAUUGAAUGCCCCAAAGUAGAAUGUCCGCCUGGUUACAUUGUCCGUCAAACUUCUGCGUCACACUCGAGCUACAAGUCCGCUUUAGACCUGCCACCUCCGAGGCCCAGGUAUUCGUACCAGAGGUUCUACAAGGGUACUAAAGGAGGAAGAGGAUACUCCAAGGGUGGAUUCUCCAAGACUAGCUUCUCGAAGGGCGGAUAUUAUAGUCCACCGUCUCGACCACAACGGAAUCAAGCGUUCACCCUGGACAAGCCGGCACUCACCAAUUCUCCCAAUGAAAAGAAGGAGUGCGUGCAGUUCAAGUGCAUCCCUCAUCUGCCCCCUAUCCCCCCUAAGGGCUCGACGCCCGCGCCACUCAUAUGCUCGACUCCCGCGUGCCCACCCACAUACUCGUUGAGACUAGAAAGCGUGCCGGAAGGAGCCAACAAGUGUCCUCAGUACAUUUGUGUGCCGCCACCAGAACGGCCUGUUUUCUGCAACGUGACAGGACGCACUUUUAGUACUUUUGACGGCAGCGAGUAUAAGUACGACAUAUGCAACCAUAUCCUCGCCAGAGAGAACCGCAUCGGAGAGUGGACUAUUCUACUACGUAAGAAAUGCGACUCGACAAAUUGUCAAAAUCAGCUACUGGUUCUGCAAGACAUGGAGUUAAUACUCGUGAAACCAAACAUGAUGAUUGAGUACAACGACUACGAGUAUACAGUAGAACAAACCAACAAGAUCUGCUUCCAGAAGAACAGCUUUGACGUGAACCGUCUUGGUGACGGAAUUGCCAUCAAGUCGCGCAAAUAUAACUUCACCGUAUUAUACAGUCCGGACGGUGAUGUGAAGAUCGGGGUCUCUAAGAAAUACAUGGGGCACGUGGACGGCCUGUGCGGACUGUUCAACGGAGACGCGAGCGACGACCGCGCGAUGCCGAACGGCCGCGUGGCCACCACGCUGGAGCAGUUCGGGCGCGCCUGGGCCAAGCCCGGCCUGCAGCCGCAGGACUGCCGCGUGGACGCCGUGCCCAGGGACAAGCAGAAGCGGGUCUGGGACCUCUGCAAGGUCAUCACGGAGGAACCAUUGUCUCAAUGCGCAAAGGUACUUAACUUGGACAAGUGGCGAAGCAUUUGCUUAGAGAAAAUCUGCAAGUGUGCAGACCUGGUCAUCAACGGCACCAAGAAGACUGAGGAAGAAUGCAGAUGUCUACUAGUGGAGAAACUUGUAGCAGAGUGCUUAGCCGCGGAUAAGAACAUCGACGUUUCAAGCUGGAGAAUGCAGAUGGAUUGCCCGGCUGAGUGUCCAGCUCCGCUGGUGCACUACGACUGCUACCGCAAGCGAUGCGAACCAGCGUGCGGGUCGGGCUCGUCCUCGUGUCCGGUGGAGGAGGGCCAGUGCUUCCCCGGCUGCUACUGCCCCGAGGGCAAGCUGAGAAAAGCCCACCAGUGCGUCACGCCAUCCGAAUGUCUUGAUUGUACGUGUACGGGAGUGGGCUCACCAGCCAAGUACGUGACCUUCGAGGGCGACGACCUGCCCUUCCUCGGGAACUGCACCUACCUCGCCUCCAGAGACACCAAUGAGACUGGAUACCACAAAUACCAGGUGUACGCAUCAAACGGUCCCUGUGAAGACAACUCCGCCGCUGUGUGCACUAAGAGCGUUCAUCUCAUACACGAGAAGAACGUCAUUCAUGUAAAUAAAGAUCUGCAGACUGGGAAACUUAUAACGACGGUGAACGGUAAACCUCUGUUCAAAUAUCCGAUGACGAACGACUGGGGCACUAUCAGCCUGGUCAACGGACAAGACGUCAGCGUACUCCUUCCGGAUCAACACGUCGAACUGAUAGUGAUCCAAUCCAAAAUGGAGUUCAGCGUGCGCGUCCCGUCGUUCUUGUACAGCAACCGGACUGAGGGUCUAUGUGGCGUGUGCGCAGGAUAUCUCGACCAUCUCACCACCAGCAACGGCACCGUUACCGACGAUUUCAAUCUCUACGGGAAGAGUUGGCAAGCGAGUCCUGAGGCACUAACGACACUAGAGAUACCCCCACAAGAGCAGUGCGACGAGGCUCCACCACCAGAGGAAUGUGCACCCAUACCACCAGAGACCAACCCAUGCUACAACAUCUACGAUGUCGAUAAAUUUGGUGCCUGCCACGCGCUGGUGGAGCCCGAGGCGUUCGCGGCGCAGUGCGAGGCGGAGCGCUGCGCGGGGGCGGCGCCCGACGCGUGCGGCGCGCUGCAGCGCUACGCCGCGCAGUGCCGCCGCCAGGGCGUCUGCGUGGACUGGCGCCGGGACCUGUGCCCCUACCCCUGCGAAGCCCCGCUGGUGUACAGAGCAUGCGUGGACUGCGAAAGGACAUGUGACAACUACGACGAACUCAGAGAUAAUCCCAAGAAGUGCGAUAAAGAACCGAUUGAAGGAUGCUUCUGUCCCGAAGGAAAAGUAAGAGUUAACAAUACGUGCAUCGAGCCAACUAAAUGCUUCCCUUGUGACGCAAAGAAGGAACAUUAUGCCGGCGACGAGUGGCAGGAGGACGCGUGCACGAAAUGCACGUGCGACAAGCUGUCGGAGCAGAGCGCGGCGCACGUGUCGUGCACCACGCAGACGUGCUCCGCGCCCGUGUGCUCGGAGCUGCAGGACCUCGUCGCCCUCGCCCCGCCGCCGCACUCCGCCGCGUGCUGCCGCCAAUACAUCUGCGUUGAGAAACCACCGAAUGAGAGAUGCGAGGAACCUAAGAGGAUGGAGUGUGGAUUUGGACAGGUGCUGAAGCAAAAGACCAAGGCGGACGGGUGCAAGGAAUUCGCUUGCGAAUGCAAGCCAGAGAGCGAAUGCGAGAAACUUCCCGAUGCGAGCGAAGUUGAAAUGUUAGAACCGGGAAUAGAACGCGUCGUUGACAGCACCGGGUGUUGCCCGCGCGCUGAGCUUGUAUGUGUUCCACAGAAUUGCCCACGACCACCGACCUGUCAAAAGUUCCAAACGCUAGAGACCAAAAAUGUCACCGGCCAAUGCUGUCCGGAGUAUAAAUGUGAACUACCCAAGGACAAAUGUGUAGUGACCCUCGAAUGGGAAGCUGCUGCUAAGGGCGGUGAAAAAGCAAGAACGACACCUCAAGUGAUGCUUAAAGAUAUGGAUUCCGCCUGGCUGGACGGUCCAUGCCGUUCGUGUCGCUGCGAGUCGUCCCCCCUGGGCGCAAUAGCGCAGUGCAGCGUGACGGAGUGUCCCGCCAUCGUCUCCACCGAGCAGUUCGUGCUGGAGCCGCGUCCCGUGCCCUUCGCUUGCUGUCCCGCUGCCGUGCACGUCGCCUGCCGAGAUGGAGACAAUAUUUACAAGGUCGGCGAGAACUGGACGUCCCCCUUCGACCCCUGUGAAUCGUACAAGUGCUCAGAGGUUGAGGAAGGCAAAUUGGAGAAGGUCACAACCGUACAAAACUGCCAUACCGAUUGCCAACCUGGUUGGGAGUACUCACCUGCUCCCGUAGACAGAAAGCAGUGCUGCGGACAGUGCCAGCCCGUAGCGUGUAUAGUGGACGGCGUAACGAGAGACAUCGGGACCUCCUGGACCUCGCCAGACUUCUGCGCAAAUUAUACCUGUGCUAACCUCAACGGCACUCUUCAAGUGCAAAGUAAAAACGAAUCGUGUCCCGAAAUAUCAGAAGCGGUCAAGAAACAGUUUGUACUGAGUGAAGAGAAGAUUCCAGAAGAGUGCUGUCUAAAACAAGAGCCGAUCGCUUGCCGCGUUGGAAACAAAAUUUAUCAGGAGGGUCAAACGUGGCCAUCCUCCGACCCCUGUAAGAACUACACGUGCUCCCGCGACGAGGCCGGCCUCACGCACGCCGCCAGCGUCGAGACUUGCGUCAGGGACUGCAAGCGAGGCUGGAAGUACAUCGAGCCUGCUGCCGGGGUCUGCUGCGGACACUGUGUGCAGGACAAGUGUGUGGUCGGCGAUGAACUAAAGGAACCUGGUACAACAUGGCAAUCCGCCGACAACUGCACGACGUUUUCGUGUGAAGGGAUCGAGGGCGAGGUGUACACGACGUCAGCGCAGUACCCAUGUCCUGACGUGUCGGCCUGCGCCCCGCAGGACCUCGUCAAUGAGACCUGCUGUCAGGUGUGCAAGGAGAAACCGUCUUCACUAAGCACAUGUGUACCAACGCCGAUGCCCAAGAGCGAGUCGGUCGGUCUGAUCCGAGUGCACAUGGGUCCGCACGGUCUUUGCGUCAACGAGGAACCGCUCGACGGAUUCCAGGAGUGCAGAGGCUCGUGUGACUCCGGAACUCUGUACAACAACCAGACCGGCAUCCACGACUCGUCGUGCGAGUGCUGCCAGGCGACGCGCUACGCGCCGCUGCUGGUGUCGCUGACGUGCGCGGACGGCUCGCGGCGCCCGCACCGCCUCGCGUCGCCGGCCGACUGCGCCUGCAGGCGCUGCGCCGAGCUGGCCUCGCACUGGUACCCCAGCAAGAGCGGAUACUCGCAAGCGUCCAACCAACCGACACCUCAAUACGGGCGCUGGCGCUCCAAGGAGCCCGACGAGUACACCGUCCCCGACAUGUUCGUCCGCUACGGGACUCCGGCCCCUCGCCGACAGUUCUGAUCACCAUCUAGUCACUUCUAAGUGAGGAUAGGAAUUUAAAUUUAAAAUUAGACGCGUUUAAGUAUUACGUAGAUGGGUGGGACGGGGCAUUCGAUAUAUUUUUUUAACUUUUCUGACAUCUGUAACAAAGCAUAAAACCAAUUUUUCUAAAGAAACACCUUUUCUUAAUGGUUUCACUGAAAACCCUUAUUUUUAGUCAGAGUAAUCGACGUUAUUAAGUAAAAACAAAUAUAUAUAUAUAUAUAUAUAUAUUUAUAUGUUAUUUUGUGCUGUCAAAAGAUUAUUUUAUUUUCUCUUAAAAGAUUUGAAGCUUACGAAAUACUUGAAACGCGUUCUUUGUUUAUAAAAAUAUUUCCAAAAAAAAUAUUACUUUUGGAUUUAUUAUAAAAUGUAUUAAUGAAAGAAGUAUCCAGUGAUUUUAAUCAUUUAUUAUUGUAAAUAAAGAAUAUAAUAUUGAUAAA